UGUGGGAUCAAUCACACAUCGAUCGAUCAGAAGAUAUUAGUCUGUUGUGUGUGAGGAAACAGGUUGAAUUUGAUCUGAAUGUCUGAGGUCAAAGGGACUGAAGCUCUGAACAUCCCAGAACCGAGUCUGUGACUGUGACCCGAACUUUAACUGCUACAGUUUCUAGUUCCACAACGUUACAGUUCAAAGUGAUUUUUAUUGCAGCAAAAAUAAAUGUGUCGAAAUUAUGGCAAAUUAAAAAAAAAUUAAACCCAUUCAGCAAAUGAUUUUUCUUAUUUUAUAAAUAUGAAUCUUUCAUGAAUGUAACAAUAAAUACUGAUGUUUUUUUUAUUAAGUUUCUAUUACAUGUAAUUAAACUAUAUUAACUCACAUAUAUAACACGGGUGAGUUCUGAACGUUAAACUGAACACGUGGUUUGAAUUGGUGUGAUCGUUAAUAACGUGAAAGUGUCUGAGCGCUGAGAUCACUCCGCUCACAAAGGGUUAACGGGGUAACAGCAAUGCCUCUAACAGACAGAUGCCCCGCCAGCUGCAGCUGCAGCUCCAGCCCAGACCUCUGACUUUUAAAAGCUUCUUCAGCAUCUCAGGAGAAACUCUGUGUCAUGUUGUGAGGGACUUGGCGGGUCACGGUAACGGCUGCAGACCGGUGAUACACAGCAUCACCGCCGCGGAACCAGGACCUACAACCCGGACUCUCUCUCACACACACACACACACACACACACACACACACACACACUCAGACUCACACGUGCGAUGCGCGUUUGAUUGUUUCUGUAGUUUCACUUCUUUUUAUGUUGAGAGAGGAAGAAGUGUGUUCGUCUUCUCCACGUGCUGAGUCCAGCUCCGCUCUGGAGAUGUGGUGGAUGCUGUUUCCACGCUGGAUCUGGUUCCUGCUCUGUGUGUCAGUGUGGAUGGAGGUCCAGGUCGGAGUUCGGCCCCAAAUCACCUACUCACACGCGGGAAUCUGCCCGAAUGACAUGAACCCCAACCUGUGGGUGGACGCCAUGAGCACCUGCACGCGAGAGUGCGACACCGACCAGGAGUGCGAGUCCUUCGAGAAGUGCUGCCAGAAUGUGUGCGGGAACCGCAGCUGCGUGGCGGCUCGGUACGUGGACGGGCAGAAAGGUCCAAUGGGAAUGCCGAAGGAAGCCACGUGCGCCAGCUUCAUGUGCACGCAGCAGGGGUCCGAGUGCGACAUCUGGGACGGGCAGCCGGUGUGUAAAUGCCGCGACCGCUGUGAGAGGGAGCCGCACUUCACCUGCGCCUCCGACGGCAUGACGUAUUACAACAAGUGCUACAUGGACGCGGAGGCGUGCUCCAAAGGCAUCACCCUGUCUGUCGUCACCUGCCGCUUCCACCUCACCUGGCCCAACACCAGCCCCUCGUUGCCCCAGGCGACCACCCUCCGCCCCACCACCGCUCCCCUUCAGGCGACUGUCCCCCCCCCUCAGCCACCAAUCGAGGUCAGCAGCCCCGUGCACCAGACGGUGAGCGUGGGCGACACGGCCAGCUUCCUGUGUGACGUGACGGGUCGCCCCCCGCCCGAGAUCACCUGGGAGAAGCAGCUGCCUGAGGGGGCGGAGAAGGUGGUCAUGAGGCCCAAUCACGUGCGAGGAAACAUGGUGGUCACCAACAUCGGUCAGCUGGUCAUCUACAACGCCCAGCCGCAUGACUCAGGCGUCUACACCUGCACGGCCCAGAACCCGUCCGGCUCGGUGCGGGCCAACCACCCGCUCACGGUGCUGCCCACAGAGCCGCCCAAAACCCCCGAGCCCAAGAACGUGAGCCGCUGCCUGCCUGAGGAGUGUCUGAAGCCCCCCGAUAACCCAGAGGAUUGUGGGAGUGAGCUGGAGAGAGUCAGCUGGUACUACGAGCCCAAGGCCAACAACUGCGUCUCCUUCACCCACUGUCACGGCGACCACAGCCAGCAGCCGGCGAAGGCCUUCGACACGUAUGAGAAGUGCAUACAGUGCUGCGGCCCCGAGCUCACGGGCCCCUGCGGCCUCCCCAGCCUGCAGGGCCCCUGUAAAGCCUACGAGCCGCGCUGGGCCUACAGCGGCGUGCUGCGUCAGUGCCAGUCCUUCAUCUACGGAGGAUGUGACGGCAACGACAACAACUUUGAAUCUAAGGAAGCCUGCGAGGAAAUGUGCCCCUUCCCCAAAAACCACCACUGCAAGUCCUGCAAGCCCCGAGGCAAGAUCGUGACGAGCUUCUGCCGCAGCGACUUCGUCGUCCUGGGUCGCAUGACGGAGCUGACGGAGGAGAAGGACUCGGGCCACGCCCUCGUGACGGUGGAGGAGAUCCUGAAGGACGAGAAGAUGGGGCUCCGCUUCUUUGGCAAGGAGCCGCUGCAGGUCACCUUCCUCAACAUGGACUGGAACUGCCCCUGCCCCAACAUCACGGGCGCCGCCGCCGAGGGUCAGGUCAUCAUCAUGGGCAACGUCAACGACGGCAUGGCGGUCCUUCAGCCGGAGAGCUACGUGGGAGCUUCCAGCCCUCGCCGCGUACGGAAGCUGAGAGAGGUCAUCUCUAAGAACACGUGUGACAUUCUGAAAGCCAUCACCAACAGCCCUCAGUAGGGGCGGAGUCUGCAGCAGCUGUUUCCUCUGGACUGUCACUGUGCUAACGUUCCCCCCACAGUCACAGGACUUUCUCUGCGGUUCUGAAGGAACCGGCUCGUUCCACUUCUCCAACGUACAGAAGCGUCUUCAUCCUGUUACGCUGCGGUCGCCGCUGCCGGUGAUUGAAAUACCAUGUCUGUGAACACAGGAGACAUCCAUCACGAUCCUCUCGUUUCCUUAAAGCCCCAGACCCCGUCGCCCCGCGUGCCCUCUCCCGCCCCGGCAGAGAUGGAGGUUGCAGACGUUCAGUGAAGCAGAAAACAGACACGUUUGAUUCUCAUGUACAGGAUUUAACUGUCACUCUUCUUCUGCUUCUUUCUUCUCCAGCUCUGAUUCUUUCUUUACCUUCAAACAUUUACUCUGUUUCUCAGCAGCACCUGUGCACACAAGACUUCAUCCAGAUAACUGAGUUGUAAUAUAUUUUAUUAACCAGCACAUUUUCUCACAACCCGUCAUUUAUGUUUUUAUCACUUUUUAUCUAUUUAUUAUCAUGUAGGCUUUUCUUUUGUCUUGUUUCAUACUUCCCCUCCCUCUGAAGUGAAAUGGCGUUUUGUCAUUUUGUGUUAAAGAAAAUAAAGAUUUGUGAUUUUU